AUGCAGAGGGCCCAGGAGACUGGGUCCGCUGGAUCGAGCGACGCAGGCCAAGGCAACAUGGCGACGGCUACACCUGCUAGCGCCGGCUCUCCUGCCGGUCCGUCAGGAUCUGUUCUCGGGCCGAGAAGCGCGCCGAUGCAAAGCCAGGCUGAGCUGAAGGAGCGACGCCAGCACCUGACGCGGCUUCAGAUGCAGCAGCAGCAGCAGCAGCAGCGCAAGGGGCAAGAGGGAGCGUCCAAGCAGGGACCGGAGGAAGGGCAGAACGGCCGCCACGAGGGAGGAGAGGACGGAGCGGAGGGUAGGGACGCUCGGGAUGGAACGGAGACAGGACAUGACGGCGAUUCCGGCGAUCAGGGGUUGGCGAAGGAUGGCGAGAAGCAGCAGCACGAAAAGCAGGUUACUGGGAGUGCGCAAAGUCCUCUGGGGGGGAAUGGUGGCGCUCAGGGGGAGAAUGCGCAGGAAGGGAAGGGUGGCGCGGAGGGUGACGCGCAGGAGGGGGAAGGUGGAGCGGAUAACGAGAAGAAUGAGGGGGGGAACGGGGAGGAGGGGGGGUCUGGAGGAGAGGCGCCGGCGGAUGGCGACGGCAUGCUUGAUGCGGGAUCGCCCGGCCAGCAGGAGGAAGGGGAGCAGCAGCAGCAGCAGCAGCAGCAGCAGCAGCAGCAGCAGCAGAAUGCAAGGACUGGAGGGUCUGGAGGAGGGUCAGCACCACAGGAGGCUGCAGGCAGCGGCGCCCUUGCUGCUGGUAGAGCAUCCAACGAUCAGGAUGCAGCAGGCGCCGGUCAAUCAACGGCUCACGGUGCAGCUGGUCCUGGCGCCGCUGCUGCUGGGGCUGUGGCUGCUGGUGUUCCUGGCCCUGAUGGUAUGGCUGGGGAAGGUACUACCGGGGAAGGUUUACCUGGCAUUGCUGCGGAGGCUAUGGUAACAGAUGAGGGGACAGGGGAGCUCGCGCAAGCAGCAGGGAUAGGCGGGGUGGGAGGGCGAGGAGCAGCAGUAGGAGGAGCAGCAGGCGGGGCAGUAGGAGUAGGAGUGGGGCCAGGAGGGCUUGGAGGAGCGAUACAAGGUGGUGUGGGCGGGGACGGUGAGGGCGAGCGCGAGGGGGAAGGGGCGUGCAGUGCAGGAGGAGAGGAUGCAGCAGCGGCAGCAGCAGCAGCGGCAGCGAUGGCGAUGCCGGUGGUGGUGGACGUGUCGCCAGAGGAUGGUGUGCUGCCUGCUGUGGGCGGAUCCGCCAACGUGGAUGGGUGUGUGCGCAAGCUCAUGGAGUUCAUGUACCACCAGCGCCGCCGCCCUGCUGUGAGUUGCUGUGGGUGGGGCAACAAUGUAAAGUUCUGGCGUCAGUUUGUCGGCCAGUACUUCGCCCCGCACGCCCCGCAGUACCUCCUGCUCACAUACUCUCCCCCUCUCUCCCCCCUCCCCCCACUUUCCCUCCAGGAUAACAACGAUAACAACGUGGAGUUCUGGCGUCAGUUUGUCGCGCAGUACUUCGCCCCGAAUGUCCGCACAUUUGUCGCGCAGUACUUCGCCCCGAAUGCCCGCAAGCGCUGGUGUGUUGCCUCCUACGGCAGGAGCGGCCGCCAGCCCGCGGGCGUCUUCCCGCAGGACAUCUGGCCCUGCGACCUCUGCGGUGCCAGCCCUGGCCGCGGCUUCGAGAUGACCAUGGAGGUGCUCCCCCGCCUGUUCAAGAUAAAGUACGACAGCGGGGUGCUGGAGGAGGUGCUGUAUGCGGACCUGCCCGCGGAGUACAUGCUGCCAGGUGGCGCCGUGGUAUUGGAGUACGACCACGCCAUCCAGGAGAGCCUGUUUGAGCAGCUGCGGGUGGUGCGCAAGGGCAAGCUCAAGAUUGUCUUCAACUCCGACCUUAAGAUCACCCUCUGGGAGUUCUGCACGCAGAACCACGAGGAGCUCGUGCCGCGCCGCCUCGUGCUGCAGCAGGUGAGUCGACUGGCGGAUCUCGCCUUCAAGUUUCAGAACCACCUGCCAGGGUCCCUCACGCCCAACCAGCUCCACUCCCACUGCGCCACCUUCGCCACCAUGUGCCGCGAGUUGACUCACAAGCUGGACGCGCCAACAGUCAACGACCUGGGCUUCACCAAGUGCUAUGUGCGCUGCCUGCAGGUGGUGGGGCAGCAACAGCAUUCUAUGGGCCAGCAGGGGCAGCAGCAUUCGAUGGGGCAGCAGCAGGAGGAGGGAGGGAGCCCCCAGCAGCAGGGCAUGGGGCAGGGGAGGGACGAGGUAAGGGCCGUCACUCCCACCUCACAGCUCAUGGCUGAGGGUGGGGGGGGAAUAGGAGUGGUGGGGGGAAGAGCAGGGGGGAUGGGCGGAAUGGGAGGGGGCCAGCAGCACCAGGGGCAGGGUUUGCCGCCAUUGCCUCCCCCUCAGCAGAGAAACCUCCCCCCACGGUCUCCCUUGCAACACCUUCAGCAGCAGCUAUUGCAGCAGCAGCAGCAGCAGCAACAGCAGCAGCAACAGCAGCAACAGCAGCAGCAACAGCAGCAACAGCAGCAGCAACAGCAGCAGCAGCAGCAGCAGCAGCAGCAGGAGGUGCAAAGCUCUUUAUCCCCGGGCACAGGAGCAGCAGCAGGAGGGGGAGGGGGAGGGGCACAAGGCUUUGGAGCGCAGAGCAUGGGAGCAGGGCAGGGGUCAGGGGCGGCAACAGUGGCAGCAGCAGCUGCCGCCCUGAGAAUGAGCAGUGCCGCCCAGAUCUCCGCCCUCAUGGGAUCCCUGGGGGCAGGAGGGGGGGCGGGGGGAGGGGCAGGGCCUGGCGGUAUGGGCGGGAGGGGAAUGUCUAGAGCGGACAGUACAGGGGAGAGGGAGGCUGGGGGUAUGCACGCUGAUGGUGCUGCUGGGGGCGGGGCGGGAGGAGCAGCAGGGGCAGGAGUGGGGGAGGGAGGGGGAGCAGGCGGAGCAGGUGGGGGAGGGGGAGGCGGGGGAGGAGGGGGAGGAGGGGGAGCAGCAGCAGCAGCUGGUAGCACAGCGGGCGCGCCUCUGGGUCCCCCAAGGCUCAGACACUCCACCUCUGUCAACUCUCUGUCUGGCUCUGUGGGCGGGGCCAUGGGGGGCAUGGGGGGAGGGAUUGGCGCGGGCAUGGGCGGAAUGGGGGGCGCAGGGGGCGCAGGAGGCGCAGGGGGAGGAGGGAAGGGGAUGGGCGGGUUCACCCGCGCUGGCAGUGUAGGGGGGAGCAUGGGUGGGAGUAUGGGCGGGCCUGGGGGCAGGGUGAUGGGAUCAGCUGCUGCAGCUGCAGCAGCAGGGGGGUUUGGCAUGGGGAGGAACCAAGAGCUUGAGGCUAUGGGAGCUGAAAGUCUCGCUGCUGGUGCUGGUGGUGCUGGUGCGGGAAUGGAUGGGGCAGCAGCAGCUGGGCAGGGGGCUGUGGGCGAGUUUGCAGCACUCAUGUCUCCUCCCGUGUCUCACCAGGAAGCUUCCUGGCAGCAGGCCGUUGCUGCGUCUGCAGCAGCAGCAGGGGGGGGUGGAGGUGGGGACGGUGGCCCUGGUGGGGGGGGAAUGGGCGCAGGGGGGAGGGCGAAUGGUGGGGUGAUGGCGAGAGCAGGGAGCUAUGGGGCAGGCGGGGCAGCAUCAGCAAUGAGUGGCGGGGGCGGUGGCGGUGGUGGUGCUGGUAUGGGUGGUGGAGGGGGAGCGGCAGGAGGAGCAGGAGGAGGAGGAGCAGGAGGAGGAGGCGGGAUGACUUUGAGUGGGCUCCAGAGCAUGCUGCAGCAGAGUGCUGGUGCUGGGUGCGUGGGGAUGGGGGGAGGAGCAGCAUCGCAAGCGGCAGCAGCGGCAGCUGCAGGAAACGUGGCAGUGAGUUUGCUGCAGCAGGCAGGGAAGCUGGAGGGGCUACGAGGGGCAGAGGCACAGAGUGCAGUGCAGCAGCUGAUGCAGCAGGUCAUGCUCAACCGCGCUGCUGCCCAGGCCGCUGCUGCCGCCUCUGCUUCCGCUGCCACUGGUGGUGCUGCUGCUGGGGGGGCUGGGCUUGCCGGUGCUGGCACUGCUGCUAGCAUGGCAGCAGCAGCGGCGGCGGCAGGGAUGCUGAGAGAAGGAGCGGCUGAAGGGGGGAUGGGAGGAGGUAUGGGCGGUCAUGGGGUUGUGGGGGCAGGCCUAGGAGGCCUGGGAGGGGUGGGUGGAGCAGGGGGAGGUGGGCCUGGGGGAGGUGUAUCUGCGAUGGGUCCUGCAGGCAGCAGAGUGGCGGCAAUGGCUGCUCGGCUCAGGAGCAUGGGGGUCACCAACCUGGCUGGGUUGGGAAUGGUGGGAAGUGGUGCUGGUGUUGGUGCUGGCGGUGCCGCUGGUGUGGGGGGUGUGGGAGGGGCAGGGGUGAUGGGUGGUGGGGAUAUGCUGUCAGACGGAUUGGGAGGAGCAGCAGGGGGAAUGGUUCGGGCUGCUGGUAACUUUGCUGGUCUGGCUUCUGCUGCAGGCUUGGCCGGACCUUCGGGCGGAGGCGUGGGAGGAGGUUUGGGAGGGAUGCGAGGGGCGGCUUUGGCUGAGCGAUUGGCGAGCCUAGGAGCCAACAUUGCAGACCUGGGGAGGUUUGAGAAUGUGAUGGAUGGUGGUGCUGGUGGUGGUGGUGUUGCCGGUUUGAUGGAUUCAGGUGCGUCUAUGCCUAAUUCUGCUCUCGUCGGUGGGGGUUUAGGGGCGGGUAUGGGUGACGCUGGUGCUGGUGGGUUUAGAGGUGGAUUGGGAGCAGCAGGUAUGGUUGGCGGGAAUGUAGGCUUGGUUGGAGGCUUGGGGUCGCUCGACCGGCUUGCAGCGGCAGGUUUGGUUGGUGGAGGUGUGGGGAAUCUAGGUAUGGGAGCAGCAGGGGUGGGCGGUUCUGCUGCUGUGGCAGCAGGAGCACUGCAAGCAGGGCUGCAGAUGCAAGAGCAAGUGGGAAUGGGGCAUGAGGGGAUGAUGGGGGGUGGAGGGGCCGGAGGGCGGAGACGGGAAGGGUGGAACUGGGGGCGCUGGCGGAGGGGUGGGUGGCGGUGGCGGAACGGGCGGUGGCGGAACGGGCGGUGGCGGAACGGGCGGUGGCGAACAGGCGGUGGUGGAACAGGCGGUGGCGGAAAAGGAGGCGGCGGAAGCAUGAUGGGCGGCGGCGAAAUAGGUGGCGGAGGAGAUGGAGGGGGAAUGGGCGGAUUUAUGCCGUUCGCUCCUGGAUCAGAAGCAGGCAUGGGAGAUAUGGAUGAUGGCAUGGGUGCCCCUGCUCCCGGAUCAGAAGCAGGCAUGGGAGAUAUGGGUGACGGCAUGGGUGCCCCUGCUCCCGAAUCAGAAGCAGGCAUGGGAGAUAUGGAUGAUGGCAUGGGUGCCCCUGCUCCCGGAUCAGAAGCAGGCAUGGGAGAUAUGGGUGAUGGCAUGGGUGCCCCUGCUCCCGGAUCAGAAGCAGGCAUGGGAGAUAUGGAUGAUGGCAUGGAUGCCCCUGCUCCUGGAUCAGAAGCAGGCAUGGGUCCUGGAGGGGGCAUGGGCGGCGGCGGAACGGGCGGCGGAGGAACAGGCGGCGGAGGAAUGGGCGGUGGGGGAACGGGCGGCGGAGGAACGGGCGGCGGAGGAACGGGCAGCGGAGGAACGGGCGGCGGUGGAAUGGGCGGCGGAGGAACGGGCGGCGUAGGAACGGGCGGCGAUGGAAUGGGCGGCGGAGGAGCGGGCGGCGGAGGAACGGGCGGUGUAGGAACGGGCGGCGGAGGAACGGGCGGCGGAGGAACGGGCGGCGGUGGAACGGGCGGCGGUGGAACGGGCGGUGUAGGAACGGGCGGUGAUGGAUCGGGCGGCGGAGGAGCGGGCGGCGGUGGAAUGGGCGGCGGAGGAACGGGCGGUGGAGGAACGGGCGGCGGAGGAACGGGCGGCGGAGGAGCGGGCGGCGGUGGAACGGCCGGCGGUGGAACGGCCGGCGGAGGAACGGGCGGUGUAGGAACGGGCGGCGGUGGAUUGGGCGGCGGUGGAUUGGGCGGCGGAGGAACGGUCGGCGGAGGAACGGGCGGUGGUGGAACGGGCAGUGGUGGAACGGGCGGCGGUGGAACGGGCGGCAGUGGAAUGGGCGGCGGAGGUGGUAUGACAAGAGGUGGUAAGGGCGGAGCAGCGUCUCCAUGA